CAGAAAGUUGUACAUUUCAUUGAUUAAAUAAGCAAAAGCAACAACUAAUUAUGUGUCAUCAAAACCUAAUAUUAUUUGCAACUCUGUUACAUGAUUUGGUUCACUUGUUAGUAUAAAUUCGCGGUCGAUCAUACUUAACAUACAGAUCAUAACAACAAAAUUUGAUUUGAGUUUCAAAGUUUGAGCUAAAAGGGAAAGAUGAAGGCAGUAUCAAUUGAAGCUGGAGAGGGAUCAAAGGCCAAAAGAGUUCAUGGAGUAAACAGAGGGAUCUCUGUAUUUGAUCUUGUUUUACGUAUCGUUGCACUUGUUGGAACCUUAGCAAGUGCUGUGGCAAUGGGUACUGCAGAUCAAGCACUUUCAUUCAGUACACAGAUUGUAAAUUUUGAAGCUCAAUAUGAUGAUAUCGACGCGUUUAAGUUUUUCGUGGUUUCGAAUUCUAUAACUUGUGUAUAUCUUGCACUUUCUAUCCCUAUUUCAAUCUUUCACAUUAUCAGAAGUAGAGCAGGAAAGAGCAGAGUUUUGCUCAUUGUUCUAGACGCGAUAAUGCUGGUUUUCCUCACAUCUGGAGCAUCUGCAGCAGCCGCGAUUGUGUAUUUGGCACACAAUGGGAACACUUCAACUAACUGGUUUUCGAUAUGCCAACAGUAUACAGAUUUCUGUCAGCGUUCUGCUGGAUCACUUAUUGGUUCGUUUGGUGCAAUGGCCUUGAUGGUUCUACUUAUUAUUUUGUCAUCUAUCGCGUUAUCCAGGCGCUAAAGUGUCAUAAAAGGAGACUGGCUACACUAGCAAUUGCUAGCCUUUGUGUUUAUUUCUGUGUGUGU